AUGAUAGUGGAGCUAAACAUCUUUGACAUCAAUAAGCAGCCACUUGACUAUGAUGAGGUCCGCAAUGUGUGCCUAAUUGAAGAGAUAACUGAUGAGAUUGUGAGUCAGUCAAGCUUGGAGGACCCUGAGGUGAAGUGUUUUACUCAAGAUGGAGAAGAUCUGAACUUAGACAAGCUAUUUGGGAUUUUGUUUGAGCCAAGUAUUGAGGAUCCUGAUAUAGAGUGUUUUACACUAUCUAGAGGUGAUCUCGACCUUGAUAGGUUACUUGAGCAAGUUAGGACUUUGUAUGAGCCAAAUAUUGAGGAUCCCGAGGUGGAGAGCUUUGCUCAAUAUAGAGGCGAUAUGGACCUUGACAGGUUACUUGAGCCAGUUAAGGUUGUGAGUGAGUCAAGUUUGGACCCUGUGCUAGAAUGCUUUGCUCAAUUUGGAUAUGAUCUGGACUUUGAUGAAUUAGUUGAGCAAGCUGAAGCUCCUUUGGAUCCCAUUCCUGAGAUGCAGCCGGAGAAUGGGGAAACCAUUGAGAUAUCAUUCCCUAACCCAUAUUCAAUAGCACUUGAGCCUCUCAAGUUGAUUUCUGAGAGCAAAUGGGUUAGACCCAUUCAUGUGUGGCCUAAGUGGCUAGGUGUGACCAUGGGGAGGAAAAAGAAUAACCAGUUGUUCUCUACUCUUGUUCAGACAGGAUGGCAAGGGUGCAUUGAUUAUAGCAAGCUGAAGGCCAUUACAAGGAAAGAUCAUUUCCCUCCCCCGUUCAUUGAUCAGUUAGUGGAACGGUUACCUGGACAUCCCUACUACUGUGUGCUUAAUGGUUAUUCUAGCUACAACCAAGUUCCUUUGGACCCCGACGAGCAAGAGAACACAACCCUCACAAUUCCUUUUGGUGUGUUUGCCUACUAUCGCAUGUCGUUUGGAUCAUGCAACGCACUUGCAGUGGAAAGUUUGGCUGAAGACUGUAAACUUAGCGCUUGUGUGCCACCCAUUCGGUGUUGUAUUUCUGGCCACAUUGGGGACAAUAUGUCAUUUUAG